UUUAUGGAAUAAGAUGUCAAUUUAGUUCAGAUAAAUUUGGUUUCUCGCUUGAUGGAAUUUUAGGUUAUUAUAUUCAACCAAAUAUUGAUGUUGUACAUCAAUCAUCUAUGGUCAAAAUUAGUUUGACAUUAACUAUUGUUUUUAUAACAAUUGGUUAUAUUAAUGGAAUAUUAUCUUUCAUUACAUUCAAUAAUAAAAAAAUAUGUGAAGUUGGCUGUGGUCUUUAUUUAUUGACUUCAUCAAUAACAACUUUACUCACAACUACAAUGUUCGGACUAAAAUUUUCAAUACUUCUUCUUGGACAAAUGAAAAUUAUUACAAAUCGUUUAUUUUUGUAUAUUCAAUGUUUAUCUAUUGAUUUUCUCUUACGAGUUUUUCUCAAUAUGGAUCAAUGGUUAAAUGCUUGUAUUGCUGUUGAACGAGCAGUUGUAACCAUAAAUGCGAUUGGCUUUCAAAAAAAGAGAAGUAAAAAAAUAGCUAAAAUAGUUAUCAUUAUUCUUUCAAUCUUCAUUAUUUCUACUUGUAUUUAUGAUCCAUUUUAUCGACGUUUAAUGGAUGAUGCAAUCGAUGAUGAUAGCAGAAUUUGGUGUAUUACUUCUUAUUCAUCUAAUUUACAAAAGUUCAAUACGUUUAUACAUGCAUUUCACUUCUGUGCUCCGUUUGCUAUUAAUCUUAUCUCGACUCUGAUUCUCAUCUUAAAAACAUCUCGUCAACAAGCAAAGACUCGAAAUAAAACAAAAUACAUAGCGAUUAUUAUAGAACAAAUUCAAGUACAUAAGCAUAUAUUGAUUGCUCCUUUUGUAAUAGUUAUACUUGGAAUACCACGUUUAGUCAUGGGAUUUGCAUCCAAAUGUAUGAAUUCAAACAAUGAUGCAACAUUAUAUCUUAUUGGAUAUUUUGUUUCAUUUAUUCCACCUAUGCUUACAUUCAUUAUCUUUGUAAUGCCAUCGAAGUUUUAUAAAGAACAACUUGGUAAAGUUUGGGCUAAUAUCAAAAUUAAAAUAAACCGAAAUUUUGCUUCUUUUUAA